AUUGUAUGCGCGGAAAAUACAUGAAUCUUUAUCUUCGGUGUUUUCGUUUUGAGAUGGAGCACUUAUCAAACACCAAACUGAAACACGCGCCAAUGGCACGGACUCACCAGCUGGCGUACAAUUAUCGCGAAAAAGGGCGGGAGUUGAAGAUACCACGGAACAAGCCUGUCGGAUGAAAGGACCGAGAGAGACCGCAGCAAACAGCACCUUCAUGCCGUCGUGAAGAAGUUGAAGUAUUUCGAACGUGAUGUAGUAAGUAAGUCGGCCACGACAACCACAACGUAUUUUACACGUACCCGGUUGACAACGUGUUGCUCCGUGGCGAUUCUGUGGGAAAUAAGACCGAAUCGCGCGUUGGCGUUCCGGCUUCGCAGUUUUCAAUAGCUUUUCAAGAACUACUUAGACGUACCACAGACAGCUCCUUUUACCGCACAGAACGACGAGUGGAGAAAAACUGGAGCGUGUGGUCUCCUGUGCUCAAGCAGGAGCACACAAAAGCUACCAUACCAGUGGUCCGAGGAGAACUAAGUACCUACACGAGGAGCCUGAAGCCUUCUAGGUAGAAGAACAAGUACUUCUUAGACUUACACCGACCCCGCCUUGCGACGAACAGGAUGUUAACUUCCACCUUUCAGUUCUCGCUGAAGAACCAGGUGUUCGAUGGGCUCUGCGUCCUCGGGAAGUCCAACAGCGACACUACCUACCUGGCCGCCGCGACCUCGGCCGGGAAAGUGCUGAUCCACAGCCCAUAUGCGUUGCAAAGAUGUCUGGGUCUGGAAACUUGUGAUGGUGGGCGGUGUAUCAUGAUGAGGCCACAAGUGGUGGCUCAGCAUGACAUGUUUCUGCGCUUCUAGGUGUUGCCUAUUCUGCAUGUUGACAAAGUACGUUUCUGCAUGGCAGAAAAAUGGAGCUCUUGGGUAAUGUGCAUGACAGAUUUAAGAGUCAUGCCAGACAAGCAUCACAAACAUGCACUCUUCCAGAUUCAGACAUCUUUGCACUUGAUAGCCCAGCCAACCAGCAGUACCUGAACAUCAACAAGAAGAUUACGGUAUGCUGUGCGAAAGCAUCGUCCUCGUAUUGCAGCCAUGCAUUACAAAUCUUUUUCUGAAGGUAAAUCAGCAUUACAAAUUUUAUUUCUCAUGCUGAGGAAAUCUGUAAUGCAUUUAUACGAUUACGAAUACGAUACUUUUGCACUGCAUAUACGGACAUCGCGGUUGGGCCUUUGGCGGAGAAAAAUCCGGACCGAGAUGUCAUCCUCGUCGGGACCCCCGCGAAUGUCAUGGCGUAUACUAGUUUACUAAGGCUUGUUUUAUUGUUUCUAGCCCAAAACGAUUUGAUGUUGGUUGUCAUGCAUGAGAGCUUGGGCGUGCCAUUUCAUUUUUGCAUGACAAACAUUCUCUCGCUCGCUUUUCAACACCAGGUACGACAUCGAGGACAAUUCUGAGCUGUUCAUGAAGGAAGUUACCGACGUAUGAAAUGCAAAAGUAUCGUACUAGUAGAAAUUGCAUUACAAAGAUCCUUAGCAUGACAAACGGAAUGUGUCAUGCUGUUUUAGCUUAGGAAGGCGAUUUGUCAUGCGUAAUUGCGAUUACUACGAGUGCGAUACUUUUGCACAGGAUACGAUGGUUGCACCCGUCUCCGGUUCGGGCGGCGCGAGCCGUUUGGCCCCGUGUGCCUCGUCGGCGGGCACUGCAGCGUCCAGGGGUUCGAUCAGGAGGGGUCAGAGCUGUUCUGGUCCGUGGUCGGCGACACGGUGUCGGCGGUGGCCUUCGCAGAAGGACCGGAUUGCAUCGCGGAUUUUCUUUAUGAGUGUGAUCUAGUUGUACAACUAGAUGUACUGAUCCUCAUUCGCGUUUCUCAUUAUGGCACAAGGAAGUGCAAGUGCAAAUUAUGUAGAUCGGAUGUCGAGCUAUGCAGUGACCCGACGCGAACGCGUAUGCGCUUUUUUCUUUGAUUCGCUUCUUGUGAAACUAGAUGCCUCUAGGGAGUAUCAGGCGGAGUUGUUCCUUCUCAUACGCUCGUCGCCACGGAGGACAACGAGCUCGCAGCGUUUUCGCUACGGGGAGGUACAGAGAACUACAUGAAAAUCGUUGUCAUGCAUCGGAUUACAAGAUGUUGAUGUAGAUGAGCAUUAGCUUCUUCAGCACUGCACAGCUCCCGGAGGACGAGAUUCGAUUCACAAAUGAGCGAUCAUAGAUUGCCGAGUUUAGUGUAGACUUGCAAAGGAUUCUCAAUCUGCGUAAAACAAGAUCCUUCAAGAUUGAUACAUCAACUUCUAAACCAGGUUCCUGCUCCUCCGUGGGCAGCCCCCUAACCGAGGUGGACAUUGUCACCCACCUCGAGUGCAUCUCCUCCACCAUGUUCGCCUAUGCCUUGAAAAACGGCACUGUCGGCGUCUACAAAAUGGUCCAGGGCGGAUCCUCGGCCUCCAGCUCCAGUCUGGCCAUGUCUCAGGCGGGCGGGAACUGGGCGCAGAGGCUCUGGCGGGUGGCGGCGAAGAACGAGGUCCGGGGGCUGAAGCUGCUGGAGGGCGCCUCGGGCGGGAUUCGGCACGUUGUGAUAGGGUGGUCGACCGGGAAGGUGGAGGUCCGAAACCAGAUGACGGGCGAAAUCCUGUUCAAGGAGACGCUGGCGGCGAACAACAUGUCCUCACUGGUGAUCGGCAGGUACCGAAACGACGGCAUGCCAAACAUCAUCGCGAUCACGAAUACCGGCGAGGUGCACGGGUUUCUAGCGGAGCAGCAGCAGGCCGCGGCCAGCGGGGCCAGUGCCUCGUCCGCGGCGGCCAAAUCGAUGGAAAAAAAGAAAAAAGCGGAGAAAAACAUGGGUCUCGUGACGGCAGACACGAAAACCGAGGAGGACAACGAGGCGUAUCGUGCGAUGCUCGCGGAAAGACAAGACCUGCAGAACGAGCUGAAAAGCUUCGACGUAUCUGUUUCUUUUUUGCUCUUCUGUGGUUUGUUUUUGAUUUCGCUUCUCUCGUCAACUCUCGUGGUCUACAUCGCUGCAAAAUCUAUUCUGAAUUUGUUUUUCUUAUGAUCCUGCAAGAUCAUUCUUAGUGAUACCAAAAGCUUUAACUCUACAAAUUGUAUUCUCGAUUCUCAUAUCCACAGUAAAUUUCCCGUUCACGUACAAAUGCGGUCUCUGCUUGGCAGAACUUGUCUUCUUUCCUAGUUUAGCAUGACAAGUUUUACACCCCAAAGUGGUGUGAUGCAUCUUGUACAUGUACGGGAAAUUUGUAUUGCAUAUCUCAGGAGCAGAUCCGUCAGAUGAAGGAGUCCGGGGGGCGCGCGGGUCUGAUCCCCACGGACACCAAGCUGCAGGUCAGUUUGGAAACCAGCCCCGACGGGCUGCGGUAUCCUGUGUAAAAACGUCCCCACCCCAGAGUUGUAUUGCAAAAUGGCAUACUUACCUACUAAAAUUUUUCUUAUGCGCAGCCCCAUGAGAGACAUUUUCUCAUGCUAUCAAUCUGGAAGUUUGUGAUGCUGGAAUCAGGAUAAGGUAGUCCAUUUGUCAUGCGGCUGCACUACCUCAAACAGCACUACGCUACGAGUCUAAACUUGUCAUGCGAAACAGCCAAAACUUGUUGAUUUGUGUAGCAAUAAAAUCACCAUCGUGACUCUGGGGUGGGAACGUUUUUACAUACGAUAUGCGGCUUCGCUUAGCCACGAACAACUACAGCGUGAUCCGCGGGUGCGUGAUCUACGCGGAACACCUCUUUGAGGACCAGGAGGCGCAGUUGACGCACUUCGCGCCCGCGAAAAACGAAAACUCCGUUUCCAUCAGUGCGACCAAGAACGCGGAAAUCCACAUGAAGAUCCACUGCUACUGUGGCGUGUCCGCCACGUCAGAGCAGUACCACACCUUUGAGCAGACGGUGAUGCUGCCCAAGUUCUUAUCCUGUGCAAAAACUACUUGCCCACCCCAUAGGUGUCAAGUUGGAAAUUAUCUGCAAAUCAAAUCAACAGGGAGCUUUGGCUGCUCUUGCGCCUGACAUCAAGUUUGGGUUCGGAAUGUUGUACUCAAUCGCGUUGAGCUAGUGCAGCAGCGUCACAGAUCUACUAGCUUCUCAUGCUGAAGAUUCGAGCAUCGCGAAUUUCAAAACAGCACUAGAAAUUGCGCGUCAACAACAUCGGGCUCCGCAUGAAGAGAGACAUUUCAAGCAUGCAGAUAAAAUUAUUUUGCAUGACAGCUAUUAGCAGUUUGGUGAGGACCACUCGUUUUUGCACAGGAUAGUUCUCCAUGUUUCACUUCGUCACCGAGGGGAAGCUACGCCGGCCCGCCGGCAACGUGAAGAUUGUUCUUCCCGUCACUGCUAUCCAAGAAAAAAACUGUGUUAGUGUAACUUUGUGUUGCAGAAAAUGCAAAACUGUUACACCUGUCAUGCUGGACAUGCAUCAGAAGCAACUUUCGUACGUGUUUUCACGUUCUAGCUGCGCAUGACAGGUUUUCUGUGUCAUGCAGAGCAAGCUUGUGAUGCUAUUCCUCCAAGAAACUUACACUCACGCAGUUUUUUUCCUGGAUAACCGCGAGCCGCAUCUGGCAAUGGCUCGCAAAGAAUUUUAUCAACGCAAAGAACCUAUGAACUGCAAAAGUAUCGUACUAGUAUAAAUCGCAAUACAAAUUUCCUCAGCAUGAGAAAUGGAAUUGGUAAUGCUGAUUGACCUUAGGAAAAAGAUUUGUAAUGCAUAACUGCAAUUACUACGAGUACGAUAGUACUUCUGCACAGGAUAGAACCCGAACCCGAGCAACUCCAACGCGCACCUGCAGUGCCAGUUUGUUUCCCUACGGAAGCAAACGGCGCUCUUGCUGGAAACCUCCGACAGCCCGAACAACCGCAACGAGCUAUCCUGAGCAAAAACGUCCCCACACCAGAGUUGUCAUGCAGAUUUGCAAUGACAGGAACAUUUCUAAAUGCGCAUCUACAUGAGAAGCAUUGAAGAUUUCCAAUCCUGUUUUGGAAUUCGUAAUACCUGCACUACACUACAAAGACGAACUUGUCAUGCAUGGCUGCCAAAACUCCCGGAUUUGUGUUGCAGAGUUUGCAACUUGACUGUGGGGUGGGGACUUUUUUACUAAGGACACGAGCUCCAGUUCGUCGCCUGCACCGACGACCUGGAGUUGGCUAUCACGAGAAAAAAGUGUUACAGUUACACAUUGCGUUGCAAGCCCAGCAUGAUAGACAACCUCUGGCAUGCCAGAACUGCAUCCGAGCUUCAUUUCAUCUGUGUUUUGCCUUAUGGUCUGUGCAUUGCAAGUUCUCCCUCUCAUGCAGAGAAGAUUUGUGUUGCUGAAUUGACAACACAUGUGUAACUGUAACACUUUUUCGUGGGAUAUUGGCGGCCGAGAUUAUAGAGGACCUCACGCAGCAUUUACAGGUACUACAGGCUAUGGCUAUCGUUAUGAUAUGGAAGCGUCAGUGUCAGAAUCGACAUACUUAAAAUAAUUUGUGAUGCAGAAAAUCGACGCCAAGAUCCAGGUGGUAGGCCAAUUCCUAACUGGAGCAUGACGAAUUUUAGUGGCGCCUCCAUCGAUCCAGUUUGAUGUCAUGCUGUUUUGCAAAGAGCACAUCUUUUGUCAUGCUACUGUAGCAGCUCUAAUAUCUCUAACCCCGAACAGGCGUAUAUAUAAUCGCCCUCACUGACCUGCUCUGCAAGGAAGACAGGCACUUUGCACCUGGCACUUUAUGCGUCGCAGAUUAUUAUGAAUAUGUUCAAAAUGAAAAUCUAAAACUAAAUCAGGUGAAGGAGCUGGAUGCUGCGGCGCACUUUCCCUCGGAACUGGAGGAGCUCACCAUAUGAACUGCAAAAGUAUCGUACUCGUAUAAAUGCAUUACAAAUUUCCUCAGCAUGAGAAAUAAAAUUUGUAAUGCGGAUUUACCUAAACAGAAGGAUUUGUAAUGCAUGAUUGCAAUACGAGUACGAUACUUUUGCACAGGAUACACCAGGAUUUUGAAGCAAGUCGAGGGCCACAACGUAUUGUGAGGAAAAAUCCCUCCUCCCCAUACUGAAAGAGUAUGCUUUAUCUAAAAAAUUGUGAUGCUGAUUUGAGACCACAAAUCCUGUCUCUCUUGCAGGGGGGCAAAUCCAAAGAAUCCGCCUUUCUAUGCAGGCGAUUUGUAAUGCUGCUGCGCCUACAUGGCAGGCCUCUGCAAUGCUAAGCACCUACACCAAAACACCUCUAAGCAGGCUUAGGCUUUGCCUGCAGUGCCUCACUGCAAUACAGAGCUGAUUUGUGUACACAAAUGCAGCAACAGAAAUUUCCGUUUCAAUAUGGGGAGGGCGGAUUCUUCCUCUUGAUACAACGCCACGCGGCUGAAACUGACGGCGGAAAUUGCGGACUCUUCGAACCUAUGGAUUGCAAAUACCUAUAUCUGGGUCUGGAAGAUUGGGAUUGCCAGGUUUGUCGUGCAUAUUUUGCAUGACUCCUGAUGCCUGUGAUGCAUGCCCUAGCAUCACAGAUUUUUAAGGGGCCUUCUGAUGCGUACUCCGCAUGAGAAAUGCCCACUCCGCUUAGCACAAACUGAACUCCUCUUGCUGGUCAAGCAAUACAGAUUUUUUUAGCUUCCAAGGACAGCUUCACAAGUUGCAACCUUCCAGACAUCCAGGGAUAUUUGCAUUCCAUAGAACCUGGUAAAGGCGUUGGUAGUGAAGGCGGAGGACUACCGCAUUCUGGCGGACAUGAAGAACCUGCGACGGGCGUACCAGGUGCUGCAGAACACCAAUGGGGACAUGAUUGCGGAACACACAAAGCGCGCGGGGAACUACCAAGAGCUUCUGUCCCAUUUGAAAAAGGUGAAUCAAGCACUGCAGAACGCCGGGCGGCUUCGGUGCGGCUCCGCCAAGUCCCGCACCGUGCUAUGGAAAGGAAAAUCUCCCCCUCCCCAUAUUGAAAAGGGAUGUUUCCGAAAGUUUGUGCUGCUGAUUUGAGGUCAGAAAUCACAUUUUUUUUGCAAGAUGACAAGGGCAGAAGCUUCCGCCCCAUGAUGGAAGCGAUUUGUCAUGCUGUUGGGCCUAAAGGGGAGCCGUUGCCGUUUGCCAUUCUGAACAGCUAGACCGAGACGCCUCUACCUAGGCUGAGUAUCUGGCCGCAAUGCCUUCCUGCAAUACAAAACGCAUUUGUCGUGUACACAAAUCCAGCAUCGGAAAUUUCGUUUUGAUAUGGGGAGGGGGAUUUUUCAUUUUGAUACGUGCAGGCCUGUCGCCAGGCGAUCAAGGCAAACAAUAUCGGCGAGCUGUGUCAAAUCAUUCAGACCGGGGCGAAGUGAAGAAGAAGAUGAACAACAGCAACCCAUUGUUCUAUUCACGACCAGUACUCCUGUCAUGAAAACUCGUCUGCGAAAGUAGGUGGCGCGCGUAGUCGUUUACUUCUACUCACCAGGAGACCGCAUCACAACUUUUGUUCGGUAGCCGCCUCAGGCGGCGGGUUAAUAUGUGUCACCGAUAAGUACUAGCUUUUUGUGGAGGGCAACAAAACC